UUCUUUUGUGUCAUCGUCGACGUCGCUCUGAAAGGCGGCUCACGAAUGUCGACGGAGACUAUGAUGACCACUGCAGCCAGUCCACCGUCUUCGUCUUUCACAUUCCCUACACCCUCUAGUCGACCCUCUUCACCAACUAAGAGCGAUGCUGGCUCAAUCUCCCACACACAUAUUCGAACCUAUUCCAACUCGUCGCAGGCCGGCGACCUGAAGCCCAACGCGCACCCUUAUCCUAUUAAAACGACCUCUACCGCCGCUUUGGCUCGCUCAAAUUCAAUAUCGGCGUCGCCUGCCAGUGCCAAACACCAUUAUGUCCCCGUUCCUCCCUCACCAGGUAAUGACCGUACCAACGACAAAGGAAGUGGUGGACGACGAGGGGAAUAUCGCGGUCAUCGCUACAGCCGGAGCUUCAGCAGCAGCGAAGACAUUUAUUCUGCUCCGAAUGGAAACGGCUCAACCUCAAGCUUACAAGGACCACGAGCCCUUCCAAUUCCACCAAAUGUCAGCAACAAUAGUAUCGCCGCUCUUAACGCUGCGAAUGCGCCGCCUAAGCAGUCGCCAAAACGAUGGACACCCGAGGAGCUGGCUGCACAUUUAGGUUCUGCGGUGUCGGCAGAAGCAGGUGAAUGGGCCGCGAAGAGAGGAGUCGGUGGUCGUGCGUUUAUCAAGAUGGGUGACGACGAUUUGGCUGCCCUUGGAGCACCUCCCUCUCUGCGACCUGCUGCUCGAGCUUUGCGUCAGGAAGUCCUUGACUACCGACUCCAGACUGGCUCCCCAGUCUCUUCCGCCUCUGGAAGCGAAAGGGGCUCCCCUACACGCAUCGAAUACGGGACGUAUGAAGUCGAGGAACCUGAAGACGACGAAGAUACCCCUUCCAAACGUCCACACAUAAAACCCUCUGCCUCCCCACACAUACAAGCUUCUGCAUCACCAUUCUUUUCACAACCCAGUCCAACAAGAGACUCCCCAGGAGGGCGCUUCCGAAAUGGCCGUGUUCAAGGGAUGGUCCGUUCAUUCGAAAGUAGCGGAAGCGAGAGUGAAGGCAGCGUGUCCCCAGAGAGGGAGCGAGGAAGUGGAUUCAGAACCGUCAAUCGAAAUGGUGACUUUGGCGGAGAGGGACUCGCAACGAUGCGACCACUUCCUGUCCGUCCUGAUGGUGUUAUUGGUCAAGGUGGAUUGCUGAUUCCUGACGACACGGGCGCCACUGUGAAAGGUCCUGGUAAUUCUCGAGCGCCAAUGGAUGCAUCUGCAGCGCUUAGUCUCAGCGAGGAGGAGUUGACUGUCGAGCAGCUUUUGGCUCGCGAGACAACUAAUGGAAGCCACAGCAUGAACGGCAACGGUUUAGCCAUCGGUACCUGGGGACGUAAGAAGGGUAGACGUUCAAAGAAGGCAUUCGAAGAUCUAAAUGGGUUUGCUCUAAUCGAGCAACAGAGUCGACCACUUCCACAACCUCGGAAACCACAUCCUAGCGCAACAUCAAGUGGAGGCGUACAUGCUUGGGAGGCGGAGACAGAAGAGUCUGGAACUGGAUUGGCGCGCAGUACCAUGAAAUGGGUCCCCAACUCGACACCCAACGCAGAAAGCGUCUUUGCCCCCGUUGAUCAAGUCCCCACUACACCAUCAAAGACAACUAAUCAAGCUGUUGAAGAUGCUGCUGCCCGUGGUCGGGCUCGUGGCGCUGAAAUUCGUGCGCUGUUAGCUAAGAGUGAUGAGGAGAGGGAGGAGCUGAAAUUGCUAGUUGAGGGCUUCAAAAGGAGGUUAGAAGAAGUUGAGAGGAAGGUUGACGACAUGGAGGCUAAAUCGAAGGUUGCCUCGGAGACCGAAUCUGUCACUCAGGUUCAGCCAUCCAUGUCUCGGUUUGACCCUCGGAAACUGUUGAUGCGCUUUUCGUCGGCUGACAACACGAAACCAAGACCAGAAGAUAUCGGUCCCAAAACAAUUGCGGGAAUCCCGACAUAUCUGCUUCUCGUCAGUCUUGGUAUGUGUGCAGUAGUAUUUAGGGUGUUGGUGCGACGCGGAUUAGGCAUUGCUGGGAAGAAAGUCUAA